CACAAGACUUUGGUGGACACUAUGAACGUCAUCAGCAUGAGCAACAACUUGUGGCAAUAAUGAGAAUAGCAUGACGCGCGACGGCGAAAUUCCAGCCAUCUUCAAUCCGAAACGCGUGCGCACUCCAUCUGUGGUGGUCACCGGCGACUCCUCCUCGAAUGGUCCCUACAACAACAACAACACAAGUGGCGGAGGUGGAGGUGGAGGCCCAACAACUGUAGUUGGCAAUAAUGGCACCACAGGAGGGGGAGGAUCGGGUGGUGGGGGCGGUGGCGGUGGCAUCGCCAGCAGCAGCAGCGUUGGCGGCAUCGGUUGUGGCUUUAGCAAUGUGCUCACCUCAAGCAAUCCGCAAAUAACCCACCAAGAUUCAAUAUCAUCCAGCCAACAGGAUCCCAAUGAAGUGAUUACCAUCCAAGCGGACACACCAACUGGCACACAUGGUUCCCAACACAACUUUGGCAUCGGUGGAGUUGGCGGUGGUGAUUCGAGCGAUACACAGACUGCCACCCACCUGGCCAUCGAUCAUCCGCCCAAUGGGCAGGCUGGCGAGGAUGGCGAAGUGCGGUUCCGCAAGCUCAAGGCCUGCCAGGAGAGCUGCUGCUCCGAGUUGGCCAAAAAGAUGUACUUCGGUGUCUGCGUCACCAUUUUGGUAACUGCCUCGUGGGUGGGCGCCACACACUGCAUCAAGUACAUGUAUCUGUAUCGUGCACCCUACGACGAUGAGCUGGACGAUGAUCUGGACACAUCGUCGAGUCGCGCUGAACUGAGCACCGAACUGGAGGACAUACUGGCCAUAAGCGAUUCAUCGCUGCAUCAUGUCGAAGACGCCACCGAGAUGUUCAACAUACCACCGCGACAGCCCGUCUACUUUAGUGCUCCGUUCUUUGCCGCCUGGUUCUUUACCAACUUCUCACUGCUCUUCUUUCCCAUCUAUAUACUGGGCCUGAUAUCUGCCCGCAAGUGCGAUAAGCUCAGCGAAAUUCUGGCCGAUGUUCUUCGGGGAUUUCGCGAGCGUGGUUUUACCAUAGGUCGCUUCCUCAAUCGCUGCCUAUCCUUUUGCAUCCUGUGGCUGGUGACUACGUAUCUCUAUACACUGUCGCUUCACGUACUCUUUGCCACAGAUGCAUUGGCGUUGUUUGCCACAAAUGUUGCCUGCGUCUAUCUGCUCUCCUGGGUUAUACUGCAUGAGCAAUUCGUUGGAGUGCGGAUUGUGGCUGUUAUCCUGUGCGACACGGGCAUCGCACUGUUGGCCUAUAUGGAUGGCAUUACGGAGAGUCGCACAUUGGGCGGCGUUGUUCUGGCCACGUUAGCUGCUGCCGGCUAUGCCGUGUUUAGGGUUAUGUUCCGCAAGGUGAUGGGCGAUCCGCCGGUGGGCCAAAUCGCGUUCACAUUCACCGCACUCGGUCUGCUCAAUGCUCUGCUGCUGUGGCCCGUUGUGCUGGCCCUUUACCUCACCGGAGCCGAGAACCUGUCGUCGGAAAGCAUACCAUGGAACGUUUUAUUAGCAGCAAGCGUGCUGCUUCUGGUUUUCCACGUACUAAUGCAGUUCAGCGCCGCCGUUACCUACAACAUGUUUGUGACAUUGGGUUUGAUAACCGCUGUGCCCGUUUCUGGCGCACUCGACGUCAUCCUGUACAGUGCGACAUUUGCGGGCAUGAAACUCGCCGGGGUUAUUCUGAUUGCCAUUGGUUUUUUCCUCGUCAUGUUCCCCGAAAACUGGCCCGAUUAUAUAACACGUCUGCUACGAAAGAGCGUUCGUGCCAUACUCCGUUACCAAUGUUGUUGUGAAUUAGCCGAAAUUCGCUAUGCUCAUUCGAAGCAUCAUAAUGCUGGGUCACAAUGCGAGAUGGGGUCGCGGCCCUCGGAGCGGUACUUCAACAGGUCAGCAUCCCACCAUUAUCGACUAUCGGACGGGAUACAUAAGGUCCCAUCUUCGUUCACCCUCUGGCCGUGUGAGAUGACUGAUCUAUCGCCAACUACAACUGGGUUUCUGCAUGGCGGCAACACCAACGCCAACGCACACCACCACAGCCAACACCAUUUGCAGCAACUAUUCCAACAACGUCACCACAGCCACCAUCAAAGUCAGCAGCAGCAGCAACAGAAUUUGCAACGCCAGCAUUCGCACACAUCCCUCACCAUGAUCCAUCGACAGAGCAGCAGCCACAGCGUCCAUGGCCAUGGCAGUCGGCGGGGUAGCGGUGGCAUUCGUGCCCCGCCCUCGGGCACUGGGCGACUCUUCUCCUACUUUGGCAACGAGCAUGAACACGAGCACGAGCGCAAAAAGUCCGAGACAUCCUUCUUCAAUUUGGGAUUCAGACGCAAAUCCACCGUGGUUUAUUAUGCGCCCACAGAGUAGAAUGAUAAUCAAAAAGAAUAAGAAAGAAGCUAGGCAAUCGUUAAUGUUUAUCGUUAUCGUUAAUCGCGUGUAUCGAGUGAGGAUCGUGCAUAUCAAAUUUACCUGCAUUUGCAAAUACAAUCAGGCACCUUAGCAGUUACUAAAACACUGAGAAAAUUAAUGGUUGCGGUGUACUUACUUACUAUAUCAUUAUCGGAAGUAGGUAAUUUAAUUGUCAAUGUUGUUAGUUGUGAAGAAAAGAAAAAAAACCACACAUACAGUUCGAAUUUUUGCUCAAAUAUUAAAUAAUUAACACACAUAAUAUAUUACGCUACAAUUAUCAAAAUAUACAGAUAAAGCUACACAGAUUCAGAGACAUAGCUCAUGAUCUACACACACAAGAUAUGUUUAAAAUCUCAAAAUGUCACCAUGUGGAAACCCAAGCACAUUGUAACCCAGAACCAGAAGCAAUGAUACUCGUAGAGUCUUGAUCAAAUUGAGCUCAAAUGAAAUGCCCCUGAAUGUUGUUAACUAAGAUUAGUAACUCUUUACUGAUAUACGAAAUAAUUUAGUUCAAAAUUCAAAAUCUCGAAAUGGAAAAUUGAAUGAAAUAUCGAAGCCAAUUGUUUUUAGCAAUUAUAUACAUUAAACUUAAAAUUAACGAAAUCUACAAGAAAAAAACAAUAAUAAUACAAAAGAAAUAUUUUAAAAGUAAACCUACACUGCGGCACAUCUUUAUAAGUCUAGAGAAAUUCGAAAAAAAAAAAAACAAAAAGAAAUGAGACAUCGUUAAAACAAAAUUAAGAUAGGCAUCACCUAAAUUUUAGAUACACCUAGAAAAUAUGAUCCGUUUAGUUGUAAGCUCAUUUUUAGCUACUAGAGGCCACAUGAAGUUCCAACAAAAUAAAAAUAAAAAAAAUAAGGGCAGAUGAAAUAGUUAAUUGUUUUCAAAGUUUGGCUUGUGUUAAAUGUUAAAUGUGUUUUUCGUUUUAUUGUGAGAGACAAACAAAAACCAAAAUGUGAAUGGCGAAUAUUGAAUGUAAUUUUUUUAGCUAAAUGUUGUGUAUUUAUUGUUGAGCGAUCUGAUCCUUGUUGUAUUAUUAUUAUUAUAAAUAAUGUGAAAGUCACUGAAAAUAUUGUACGAUUGAAUCCAGGCGUAAAUUAAACAAAAAAAAAAGAAGAGCUCACAAGGUAUUCAAUGACUGACUGAUUCGUUUCAAGCAUUCAUUGCAACUGGUAUUUGAAUCAUACAAUUUGUCAGCUGCCUACUUUGUAACUUGUAUUAAAUUAUUGUGUAGCCACAUCCAAUAAAUUGAUUUGUGAUAGUUUUUAAUGAUGACGUUUGAUAACCAACUCCAUAGAUCUACCCCCGCUCAGAGGAGCCAAGUGGUAUUUAUUAUGUAUUUAGAACAAGCAAAAAAGAAAAAAGACACAAACAAAAAACCAACAAAUAAAUGAACACUAAAAAAACAAAAAAAAAUAUAUAUAUAUAAAAA